AUGAAUAAUAAUAUAUCUAUAACUACAGAAGCACUAUCAAAAGCUCAUUUACAUUCAUUUAAACAUCAUGCAUCAUCAGUUAAUGGAAUUUUACUUGGUAAAGCCGAUAAAAACUCAAUUUUAAUUACAGAUAUAAUACCACUUUUUCAUACACAAACUUUAUUACCGAUGUUUGAAGUUGCAAUGAUUCAGAUUGAAAAAUAUUGUAGAGAUAAUAAUAUAGAUAUGGUUGGAUAUUAUCAUUCAAAUCAAUGUAUAGCAAACGAAUUAGAACCUGAACCAAUAGCUAAAAAAAUUGCUGAUAGAUUAAACAAUGAAUUAAAUAAUAUGUGCUUUUUAAUGAUUUCAAAGAUUGAAGUAAAUCGUCCAAGUGGUUUAGUUUCCAUUGAUAAAGUUGGUUCUGAUUGGUUAAAAAAUAGAAAAACAUUAAUUACAAUCGAUACAACCUCAAAUAGUGAAGAUAUUAAUGAAAUCUUAAAAAGAAAUUUACAAAAUAUAAAAGAAUCUCAAAUUUAUGAUUUUGAGGAAUAUCUUUCAAAUCCAACUCGUGAUUGGUUAAAUAAAUCAUUAGUUUUAUAA